CUAUAUAUAAAAUUCACUCUAUAUUUUUAUCUGAAUGUAUAUAUUUCAGCAUUGAUCAGCAGCUCACCGAUUAACUUGUAGGUCAAUAACAUGGGAACUAAAUUGGACACAAUAUCAACUUUCUUUCUCUUAUCGACCUUGCUUUCUGCUCCAAUAUUUUCAACAUCGAAUGAUGGGCUAAUUAGAAUCGAGCUGAAAAAAGAGAAAUUUGAUGAAAAAAAUAGUGUUGCUUCCAACCUCGGGUUGCAUGAGGGCGAUUAUUUAAAGACCGCUAUUAGGAUGUAUAGACAAAGUGUGAGCAAACUUGGUGAUCACCAAGAGUCUAGUAUCAUAUCAUUGAACAACUAUAUGGAUGCCCAAUACUUCGGUGAGAUUGGUAUUGGCACCCCACCUCAGAAGUUUAAAGUCAUCUUUGAUACUGGUAGUGCUAACUUGUGGAUACCGUCGUCCGAAUGCACAACUUCUGUAUCAUGCUUAAUGCACUCAAAAUACGACUCAAGUCAGUCAAGCACCUACAAAGCAAACGGGAGACAUGCUGCUAUCAAUUAUGGAAAUGGAUCAUUAUCAGGGUACUUUAGUAAAGACAAUGUAGAAGUUGGUGAUCUGGUUGUUAAACAUCAGGAAUUUAUAGAGGUAACAAAAGAUCCCAGUGUGACGUUUUUGGCGGGGAAGUUUGAUGGUAUUCUUGGGCUUGGAUUUAAGGAAAACUCAGUUGGCAAUGCUAUCACAGUGUGGGACAAUAUUGUCAGUCAACAUCUAGUUAAGCAUCAUGUGUUUUCACUUUGGCUGAAUCGCCAGUCUGAAGACAGUGAAGGUGGUGAAAUCGUGUUUGGUGGUUUUGAUCCAAAGCACUACAAGGGGAAGCACACUUACGUUCCAGUCACACAAAAGGGUUAUUGGCAGUUUGAUAUCGAUGGAGUACUUAUUGGUGGAAAACCUACAGGGGUUUGUAAGAGUGGAUGUUCGGCAAUUGCAGAUUCGGGAACUUCAUUCAUAGCAGGCCCAACGAGUGUGAUCACACUAAUAAAUCGUGCCAUUGGGGCAACUGGACUUAUCAAUGUGUAUUGCAAGAGUGUGGUAGAAGCAACUACUAACAUGAUAUUUGAUAUGCUUGCAUUUGGGAUUGAUCCAAAGAUGAUAUGCCCCAUUAUUGCACUUUGUCCUAGGAAUGAAGAUCUUCAAGUUAGCACUGGCAUUGCAAGUGUUGUAGAUAGGAGUGAUGAUGGAUCAGCUGCAUUAGAAAUUAGUCAACUUACCCCUCCAACGUGUACUAUCUGUAAGUUGAUUCUUGGGUUUCUUCAUGACACAGUGCCGAUAAACCAGACAAAACAAAUCGUUACAAAAUUUGCAACCACCAUAUGUACCUUGCUGCCAAUGGAAGAGCCUGCGGUCGACUGCGCAAGACUUCCUUCAAUGCCUACCAUUUCGUUCAUUAUUGGUGGCAAAGAAUUUAAGCUUUCUCCUGAUGAUUACAUAGUUAAGACUGGCAAGGGCGCUGAUGUACAAUGUUUUAGUGGUUUCGUUCCUUUGGAUAUUCCUCAACCCGAUGGCCCACUUUGGAAAAUGGGUGAUGUUUUUAUGCGUCGUUAUCACACUGUAUUUGAUUAUGACAAUCUUAGAGUUGGAUUUGCAGAAGCUGCGUAAAUGAGAAGUUUAUAUCUUACCCUUAAGAGCAUUAGAUUGUGUGAACCAUGCUUCUUUGUUCGUACUUAAAAAACAAGUUGAUAUGUUUAAUAUUUUGUGCUAAAAAGAAUUAAUAACGAGACUAUGGGUUUAAAUGUGGGUUUCGUUA